CUUCCAUGCAUCUAUAAUUAUUGCAUGUGUACAUUUAAGACACUUAAUAGUCUUAGAACUCAUUUGUCAAGAUGUCAUACUCGCCAAUUUGGUAGUAGUGCAGAACACUCUCAGCAGGCUCUGUUAUUUAAAUGCCCUUUAUGCCCAUUUCAGCAGCAAUUUUCUGAAUCUGUUCUUUUCUGCCAUCUUAGAAGGCAUUUAAGAAAUCAUGAAACAGUGGCUUGCCCAUAUAAGGAUUGUAGCUUUACCACAAAUGUAUACUCUUCAUUCAAUUCUCAUAAAAGUAGAUCACACCAAGCAAGCGUUUCAUCAGACUUUCAAAAUGACAUUGUCAGUGAUGUUGGUCAAGCCAGUAUUCCUGCAGUUGAUGGUGAUUUAUAUGAAGAACCUCCAAGCACAGAUGAGGAUCCAGUGGGGAUUGAUGGUCAGUGUGACACUGACGUACUAAAAAAACAUCUUAGAAUUAAUUUAUCUUCCUUAUUUUUGAAGAUGCAGGCAAUCCUACAUGUCUCAAACACAGCUACCCAAGAAAUAGUGGAGCAUUUAAAUCAGGUCUGCUUCUUAUCUCGGCCUUUGAUCAAGGAGGCAAUUAGAGAUAUAUUGCAGAAAAAUGGUUGCAAUGUGGCAGAAUCUGCACUGGAUGAAGUUGUAAGUGCUGUUAUGGAUUCCAAUGUUAUAUUUACUAGUACUUCUAAAGGUGCAGAGUUAUCCACAUCCAAGCGCAGAAAAGUCUUUUUCGAGCACAACUAUCCAUGUGUAAUGCCAGUCGAGUAUCAGCUGGAGCAACGUGGACAUACCACAAUGUAUGUUCCUAUUCUUCAAAUGAUUCAGGAGUUGUUUAAAAACACAGACAUUCUAAAAAUGAUUACUGAUCCAAAUACCAAUUCUGGUCAAUAUGCCUCAUGCUACAAUGGCUCAUAUUUCCUUGAAAAUGAAUUAUUUUCAACAGGUGAUCUCAUUUUACCACUCCAGUUAUAUAUUGAUGAGCUUGAAAUUGCCAACCCACUUGGCACAUCACGUAAAAUUCACAAACUUUGUGCUGUAUACUGGGCACUUGCCAAUAUGUCACCAAAAUACAGGUCAGCAUUACACAAUAUACAGCUAGCAAUGCUUGCAAAAGUGACAGACCUCCAGAGGCAUGGGUAUGCAGCUGUACUUGCUCCAUUAUUACAUGAUGUUCAUAUUCUUGAACAGGAUGGUGUUUUUAUUGAACGACUUGGUCGCAAUGUCAAAGGCACCAUCUUUUGUGUGUCUGCUGACAAUCUAGCUGCCCAUGGAUUAGGUGGCUUUGUGGAGUCAUUUAAAGCAGGCUAUGUUUGCAGAUUCUGCUUGGCCACAAGAGAACAGUUUCCAGCAACUGAAGCCAGGCAGUUUUCUCAAAGAACCAAAGAUAGCCAUGACCUUCAUGUACAAAACAUUCAGGAAAAUGACGCUUCCUCCAACCACUUUGGUGUUAAAACAAGUUGUGUCUUGCGUGACUCCCUGGAUUACUUUCAUCCAGUCACAGGCUUUCCUCCAGAUGUCCUGCAUGAUCUUCUAGAAGGCAUAGUUCCUGUGGAGAUUUCUCUCUGCAUUAAGACCUUGAUCCAGAUGAAGUACUUCACUUUAGAGUAUUUGAACCAAAAGAUUGCAUCAUUCCCAUAUCAACAUGCUGAUAAAGUGGAUAGGCCUCAACCAAUUCCCAAAACAUUUCUGUCUCGAGGAACGAUAGGAGGGAAUGGUCAUGAAAAUGCUACUCUGCUCCGACUGCUUCCAUUGCUUGUAGGCAGUGUUGUACCAGAAGGUAAUGGUGCAUGGACAGUUUUGAUGGAACUGAAAGAGGUAGUGCAGUUAGCAUUAUGCCCAUCAUUUUCUGAUGAAACCUUAGACUAUUUUCAGUCCAAAAUCAGCGAUCAUAAGCAAGUACUGCUGAAGACAUUCCCAGAGUUUAGCCUUCGUCCUAAGCAUCACUAUGUGGAGCAUUACCCCACCAUGAUCAAGUGCUAUGGGCCCCUGGUGCAUGUUUGGACAAUGCGAUUUGAGGCCAAACACCGUUUUUUUAAACGAGUGGUGCAUGACGCUCAAAACUUCAAAAAUAUUUUGAAGACAAUGGCAGUCAGACACCAACACAUGAUGGCAUACCAUCUUGCUGCCCCAUCAUUUUUCAAGCCAGAAACACAAGCAUCCAGGGUUGACUCUGUUCUGGUUUCAGCUCUACCAGAAGUAGCUCAGCUACACAUUAGAACACUAACAACUAGUGACACAAUAUACCAGACAUCAAAGGUUACCAUUGAUGGCACACACUAUGUCUGUGAAAUGUUUUUGUCUGUCGGAGACAGUGGUGGACUACCUAGGUUCUGCAGAGUAGAGCACAUCUACCUUGUCAAUAGCACUGUUUCAUUCCUUUGUUCUAAUUAUGAUUGCUGGUAUUUAGAACAUCUUGGAUCCUAUGAGCUGUCACCUUCCCAGACAAGUCUGUCAAUCCACCUGAAGUCUGAUCUCAACGAUUCAGUCCCGCUCUCUGCAUACGAGCAUAAUGGCAGAUCUAUCCCCACAACCCAUGGUCCUUCGUGUUGUUGAACCAGACCGGGCUAGAAAAUUAAAACUCUGUUCACGACCAGCCUCUAUUGAUGCACUGAUUGCUGUUAUAAAAGAACAGCUGGAAAUAGACCUUGACUUCAGUUUAAAAUAUGAAGACCCCGACUUUGAUGGAAAACUUACAUCCCUCUCUGACAUUGAUGAGUUGCCACAGAAAGCGGUUGUGCAUGUGUCUUUUGAGCAAGAUUCCAGCUCUGUUGCCUCAACAGAAACAAUCUCAAGUGUAUCAUCCUCAGAACGUGGGAGAAGAUGGCCUUCAGUUUUUUUUUCAAUUCCCACAUUUUCUUUGGAUGUUGAAUUGAAACUUCGGGAAGGUAAUACUGAAUUUGAGAAGAACAACAAGUAUCUUCA